CAUCCUUACAACCUCCAACCAUGGCCCGAUCGCCCUCCGACGCCACGCGCUUCACCUCUACUGGCCCAUACGCCUCCAGCACAUUCACAUCUGCCGCGCCAUCAGCAACGACUUCCUCUCGAAUAGACUUCGGUUCCGCCCCUGCCAAUGAAAGCCCACAGCAGAAAAUACAACGCCUGCGCGCGGCAGCCGCACUGGCAAAGCAAGGUCGGGAAACUACUUUCGACAAAACCGUCCGAAUAGGCCGAGUAUGGGCAGAUCGAGCACAUCGUGUAACAGCGCUCUCCCUGAUAGCGUUUUCAAUCCUAUCAGGUGCAGUAGCUACUGCUGGAAUUACGGAUAUGUUGAUGCAUAACCGGCGGAAGAGGAAGGAAUGGCUACAGCAGAAACAAAUCGAAGGAGCGAGAGAGUUAGCCAUCGCAACACAAGCCGCUAGUCAAGGAGUCGCAACGGAGGAUCAGAUUCUGCUGAUUAAUCGAGAGAGGAAUGCGAGACAGGCGGAGAUUGACAAGAAGAAUCGGCCGGGCAUGUUCAAGAGGGCUAGCAAUUGGUUAUUUUCGGAUCUGAGUAAAGAGGAGCAGAAAGGCGGGCGGCUAGGUGCUGCUACUGCUGCUGCCGCUACAACGAGUACAACAGGGACCAUAGGGCAAAAGACGGAGUUUGCGGCCGAGGAGGCGAGACAGGAAGCACGGCAUGUUCUGCAAGCCGUGGAGGAUAAAGUGGAUCAGCAUAGAAGGCAGGGUGAGAAGGUACCGGAAAUGCUUGCGCCUGCCGGCGGACCUUUGGAUCGCCAAGCACAGGUUGCUGCCCAUAAUGCUGCGGAAACCACGAAGAGUUGGACAAGCUGGAUUAUGGGGCGGUAGAGUUUUCAAUGCGAGUCGUCUGUAUACCUACCUACCUUAUCAUCAUGGCGGCGGCCUUGAACCCGUCAGCUACUGCAUAAAGAUAGUACAUUGAUUGCCACAAGCACUUAUUUGGCAGGUUCAGAGACGCAUCAUGGUUGGUUGUUUGCCUGGACGUGCCUUCGCAAGCUCGAGGACCAGGAAGAGAAGGAGAGAUCAUCGCCGAAGGACCGGUUCUUCUUUCUCGAGUGCCUGGUCGAGUCUACACCUAUUUCUUGGAUUUCGCAACCAUCUGCUCGUUAACAUCUUACUUGCUGAUUGUUACAUUCCAGAUCCACCGCUUGUGAGAUACCGCCAUCGGGACAUAGCAUCUACAUCGUCAGUCUUAUUGCCUCAGAGAUACCUUAUCACCGUUGGAAUACAGCAUCUACACCUUCAGCUUCAUCAUCUCGACAUGUCAGACAGGUCGAGCUGCUGGGACACCCUUACGAGCGUUCUAAACGCGAUAGCUCGAUGCAUUGAAUUCAUAACCGCCUGUGUGAAGUUCAUCUUCAGUUUUCUGAACUUCAUACCAAACGGUCUGAACUUCAUCAAACGUAGAUGGCGUUCGAGACGUGAGAGAAGGAUCGAGAGGCGCAAUGCACAGAACUCUCCACCAAACAGUCCCGCUC